AAUAUCCGUUGUCGAUCUGACUUCGUGAGCAGAAGGUUAUGGAGGCUAGACAGGCAUGGAGGUAAAUAAUUAUACACGUAAUUAUAGUCGGACGCGUAUGCGUCGAAAGCCGUUUAUUAUUGACGAAAUAUUGUCGUUGACAGGAGUACACGUGUGAAUGACUAGGCUUACAAUACUUGCCGUUUCGUCGGGUGCUCGAUGCUCGGGCGUGCGGUGAUAGCGUCGGGGCGCACGCGAGUUCGUAAGAGUUGUCGUGAGCGGUUGCGCGUGGGCGCGAAAACCGUCGAGUUCGAGUCGCGAGAGCGGGUCGAAACCAGAUUCGGCUUGAAAGUGCUCGUUCGUCGCGGAAUCGCGAGAUGUAACGGGACCGUGCGCGUCGUAGCGCGUACCGGACAUGUCGUGUCGGUGGUUAUUACAUCUCGUAAGUCGAUCGUCGAUGCGCGUGGUCGUGGUCCAUACCCACGUGUAAAAUGGCGCGGAACGUCGGGUUCGGGUCGGCGGUUAAAAGUUCGGUCGGACUGUCGCGGAUGUGGCUCGGUCGAACGUCGUGAGCAAAGAGAUCGAGCUUUACGUCGCGAUCGGCGUCGUAGCCUUCGCGGGGCGGUUGGGCGCGUACGGCGCGGAGUAGGGGCGCGAUCGCUGCGUCGCGUAGAUAAAAACAUAUAUAAAAUUCACAAUGGUCGAAUACAUGUAAAAGUAUAAAAACGAAUAUAAUUCAAAUAUAAUUGUGAACGAAUAUAACAUAAAGAAAAGGUAUAAUUCACGUGUCAAAAGUGGUAAUGUCGGUCGGGCGGAUCGACCAGUUAAGUGGUGACAAUCGGUGUCGCCACACAUGAUCUACCCUGAUAAACGUUAUCACUUGCCGGUCUUGGUCUAUUGUCGAAUGACUCGAAUAACGAAUUCUCUAUUUGCUCUUUUCCGGAAGAGUCUGAAGUCGAUCAAAAAUAAUUACGAAUAAAAUAAAAAGGAACGGUGACCAAAGAAGUGAGUAACUUAACUAUCAUAGAGAAGACUAAAAAUUCUUUUGUGUUUUACUUAAACAAUUGACUACACGACACAAAUCCAUAAUGUACAAAUGUGGAAUACAUUCUAUUGUACAUGUUACUGCACCGUCAAUUGAAUUCGCAAAAAGUUUAGCUCGUGGUAUUAUAACAAAAGAUCUUGCAGCUUGUGUAAAUUUGAUUCCUAAUGUUACAUCAAUUUAUAAAUGGAAAGGUGAAGUAACAGAAGACUCUGAAAUACUGAUGAUUAUUAAAACACGGACUUCGAGAAUAGAAGAUUUAACUAAUUAUGUUAAGUCCGCUCACCCAUAUGAAGUCUGUGAAGUAAUUUCUACUAAAAUAGAAAAUGGUAAUCUUCCUUACUUGAAAUGGAUAUCAGAAUGUGUAGCAGAAACUUCUGAAGAUUUAGUUAUUGAUACUAACAAGAUUGAUUUAUCUGAAACUAAAAAAUAAAAUAGUAAAUUAAGUA